ACAUUUCCCGUCGCUUAAGAAACGCGUCACAUCCAAUCACGUGCGCCACACGUCAGCAAAGGUUACACUUCCCGAAACAGGCAGGAGCGGUUACUUAUUCGCGUGGAUUCAAAACCCUCUCUGCACACUGUCACAGGUUUGAUCAAGCCUCCUUGUUGCUGACCAGGAUGAUUGACUUUCGGGCGUGGGCAGAGUACGUCGUGGAAUGGGCUGCCAAAGACCCCUACGGUUUCCUCACCACUGUCAUACUGGCUCUCACGCCUCUCUUCAUCGCCAGUGCACUGCUGUCCUGGAAACUGGCCAAGAUGAUUGAGGCACGGGACCGUGAGCAGAAGAAAAAGCAGAAGCGUCAGGAAAAUAUAGCCAAGGCCAAGAGGACCAAGAAAGACUAAAGCCUGUGGGUAGAAUGAGGGCAUAAAAUGGGAGCCACCACCAUGCUCACAGUCCUCCUUAUUCCAAUAAAGACACGGUGCCCUUCGUUGUCCCAGCCCUGCUAUCAGCACUGGGCCACUACGCCGCACAUCCAGGGUAGGAGUCUGGGCCCGUCGGCCCAACAGUGCUGAGACAGACGGUACUGCCCGAAGGAGGCUCGUCCCGGUGGGACUUUGGUCAGCAAGAGCACAGUGGUCAUCUGUAUAAUGUUAUUGUGCAGAAAUCCACUGUUAAUAAUGUGCAGCUGUUGCAACCGCUUGCAUUCCAAUUUUAGCCUUCGUAUUCUGCUGAAUUGAAGAUGUAAUGAGCAUACUGGACGGUUUCUCAAAAAAAUCCCAAAUACAGCUUUUUAAUAAAGUUUUCAUGGUUGAUAAGAAUCUAAUCUUCCUCUGUAGAUUUAAAGAAGAAAAAAAUUCAUAAAUCAUUUUUUAAUUCCAUGGCUUAAAGGGAUUUGUCCCCUUCUGUUUAGUUGUAUUGAACUAGAGUGAAUUUCCAAAGGGCUUUUAUAUACUGGUGGUUCAAAAAGAAACCAAUGUCUUUCUAAAAAAAAAAUCUCUUAAGAAUUAUAAAUCCAGCCAGUUGUCUUUAAAAGCAAAUUGCUUCCAGUGGUAACGUUAUUAACUAAAAGCUAAAGGAGAAAUCCAGGAUUUAGAUGCAUUGGCAAAUAUGUGUUGAAUUUGUUAAUCUUUGUUUUUAUUAAAAACAUAACAUCUCCCUGUGUUCAGUCA